AUGAAGCUCGCAGUGUUUAGCGCAAAGCCUUACGACAGGCUGUACCUAACGACCGACCACGCAGCCGAGCUCGAGAAGAGCGCCGACAUUGAGAUCGCCUACUACGAGUCAGCUCUAACCGUCAAGACGGUCCCACUGGCCCAGCACGCCGAAGCUGUCUGCGUCUUCGUCAACGACGUCCUUAACGCCGACGUGCUAGAAGCUCUCGCCGAAAGCGGUGUCCGCGCCGUCCUGCUCCGAUGCGCAGGCUACAACAACGUCGAUCUCAAGGCCGCCGAGCGCCUCGGCAUCUUCGUCGCAAAUGUCCCCUCGUACUCGCCUGAAGCGGUCGCUGAGUUCGCCGUUGCGCUGAUCCAGACCCUCAACCGAAACACACAUCGCGCCUACAAUCGGGUGCGGGAAGGAAACUUCAAUUUGGACGGACUCCUGGGGAAGACCCUGCAUGGCAAGACAGUGGGCAUCAUCGGAACAGGGAGGAUCGGUGUUGCCCUGGCCCGCAUCAUGGUUGGGUUCGGCUGCAAGCUGCUGGCAUACGACCCUUUCGAGAUCGACGAGAUCACGAGGCUGGGAGAAUACACGGACCUCGACACCCUGCUGCAGCAGAGCGACAUUGUCAGUCUGCACUGCCCACUCAUGGAAUCGACAAAGCACAUCAUCAACGAGAAAUCGCUAUCCAAAAUGAAGCCAGGUGCUAUGCUGAUCAAUACGUCCCGCGGUGGCCUGCUCAACACCAAAGCCGUCAUCGCAGCCCUGAAGACCAAGCAUCUCGGAGGCGUCGCUCUCGACGUCUACGAGGGCGAGGGAGCGCUAUUCUACAAUGACCACUCGGGAGACAUCAUCGACGAUGACGAGCUCAUGAGACUGACGACGUUCCACAAUGUUCUCGUCUGCGGGCACCAGGCCUUCUUCACCGAGGAAGCGCUCACAGAAAUCGGUUCUUGCACCAUCCGGAACCUCGCAGACUUCAUACACGGGCGCGAGUGCAAGUAUGCACUGGUUCAGGGCAUUGGGAAUCCUCGCGCUCGAAUCAGCUCUAUUCCGGUGCGCAUCUAG